UUAAUAGUUGUAAAAACUGUAAAAUAUAAGAAAUCUUUUUAGAAUAAGAAAUAUUUUUAUGAUGUUUACUUAGAUUUAUAACUAACUUUUGCAUGUUUACUACUGAAUUAAAAGACGCAGGCAGUAUGUCAAAACCUGAUAAAAAUGUUAAAUCGGGAUUUGUUAUCAAAUUAUCAUGUGAAACAGUGCAAAAGCUUUCCGAAGAAAAUAAUGAGAAGUCGAAAGAAGAAGCUGUCAAUGCCAUCACAGAAAAUGAAACCCUUAUGGACAUUGAAAAUGGCACCAACAAAACGGAGGAUGCAGCUGAAUCUAAAGAUAUUGAUAAAUCAAGUAUAGAAGAAAAAAAACCAGAUGUAUCCGAAGAAAAAAGUAUACCAAAGGUAACUGAUAAUAUACCUACCGAUACCAAGGAAAAGCCUGCUGAUGCAUCAUGGGGUGACUAUGCAGCAUAUGUGACUUAUAUAGGUGACAAAGCUGUGUACACAGAUCCCACAUCCCAGCAGAAAUACUUCUGGAACCAAGAGACUAACUCUUGGGAUCCCAAUGAUACACCAGGGAGAGUGUACACUUUUGAGAAUGAUACUCACGUAUACACAGAAGCAGAUGGUUCCAAAUGCUUUUGGGACGACAAUAAAAAAGCUUGGAUACCUAAAGUUGAUGAUGACUUUCUUGCAUGUUAUCUAAUGGCUUAUGGAUUUGUGGAUAACAGUAAAGAAGAGAAAUUAAAUGAGAAAAAGGAAAAAGACGAAAAGAAGGUAGAAAAUAAAGGUGUUAAAAGAAAAAAUGAGCCACAGUGGUUUGAACAAUCAGAUGAACAAAACACUAAGGUGUAUGUAUCAAAUUUGCCGUUAGAUUUGACAGAAGAGGAGUUUGUUAAUUUUAUGCAGAAAUGUGGCCUAGUGGAAAGAGACCCUACUUCUAAGAAAAUGAAAGUAAAACUAUAUAUGGACAAAGAACAAAACUGUUUUAAAGGUGAUGCUCUAUGCACAUACAUAAAGAUAGAAAGUGUAGAACUGGCUCUUAAAUUACUUGAUGGUGGUGAUCUAAAAGGUAACAAAGUCAAAGUUGAAAGAGCACAUUUUCAACUUAAAGGUGCAUACAAUCCCGCUCUUAAGCCUAAGAAGAAAAAGAAAAAAGAGUUGGAAAAAAUCAAAAAGAUGCAACAGAACCUUUUUGGUUGGAAGCCGGAGAAAUUAUUAGGGCAGAGAUCUAAACAUGAAAAGGUUGUCAUAGUUAAAAAUCUUUUCCAUCCGAAAGAUUUUAACGAAGAUGUGCAAUUGAUCUUGGAUUAUCAAAGUGACUUGAGGGAAGAAAGUGCUAAAUGUGGGGAAGUCAGGAAAGUUGUCAUAUAUGACCAGCAUCCUGAGGGAGUUGCCCAAAUUACUAUGAAAGAGCCAGAACAGGCUGAUGCUGUUGUGCAACUUAUAAAUGGUAGAUGGUUUGGCAAAAGACAGAUUACAGCCGAGAUUUGGGAUGGCUGGACCAAAUACAAGAUAGCUGAAACUGACGCAGAAAUUAAUACUAGAUUAGAUAAGUGGGAUAAAUUUCUGGAAGGCAAGGAAGGGACCACUGAAGCUAAAAGUAGUAGUGUAGAAACUGGAGACAAAAGUAAAGUAGAUGAAACUACACAAGAAGUUGUUAAAACUGAAAGUGUGGUAAUGUCUUCAGUUAAUAAAGACAAUAAUACAAAUGAAGCUAAAAGCAAAAAUGUUAAAGAUGUACAAGAAAAUAAAGUAGAAAGAAGUACAGUAGCUGAUGUACCAGAAGGUAGUGUUGUGACUUAAAGAAAAUAUUGCAUUUUAUAUUUAAGUACAAGUAUUGUAAUUAAAUGUUUAAUUUUUU